UAAUACUAAUUCUAAUGAUAUUAAAUUCCUAAAAAAUACUGAAAGAAAACUGAAACUGGAUAAAAGUGCAGCUCCAAAUGAAGAAUUUUUGGUGAACAAUAUUGCCCAGCAGAUGCCAUAUUUACCGAUUGAGGAUCUUAACAACCCAAAGUAUAAAAGUCGAAAUCUCAACAAUUCGUGUGCUUGGUAUCCUUCAUUGCGCGAUGUUAAGAUACACAACAAUUAUUGGCAAGAGUAUAAAAAUGGUAACAUUUCAUAUUAUAUAUUCGGAGCUUAUUUGGACAAUAGACCCACAGUGGUGGAAAAUUCUCCUGUGGUGCGUGUACUGACAAUGAUUGAUUUUAUAGCAAAAACAUACCAAGAGUAUCCGAUGAGUUAUUGUCAGCUUUGGUAUGAUGAGCAGCACCAACCGUUUGUGGUUCCUAUGAAGGAAAUGCACAAAAUCUGGUACUACGAAUGGAGUCAUAGUGCCGGCAUGCACUAUGCCCAUUUCAUAUCAUGCCCCGUGCCAGAAGAGCAUAAAGAGUGGAUACCACGUUCUGUAUCGCUAGUGGCCAAACCCUGUGAUAAGGCCACCAAUAAUGUUAGAGUCACCUAUCAGCCUUUGUAUUCUGACGAGAGCAGAAAAGAAUUCGCUGUCUGUGUCAAAGGCUUAGAUUAUCCCCAUGUAGAUAUCUCACACCGCAUAGUGGAAUACGUCGAAACUAUGCGUUCUUUAGGUGCAGAAAAGAUACUAAUGUAUCAGUUGCAAGUACAUCCAAAUACUACAAAAGUUUUAAAAUAUUAUGAAGAUACAGGAUUUCUCGAAUACAGACCCAUGAGUUUAUCGACUGCUGUAAGCAACUUGCACGACUAUCGUCAUUUGGAAAUGAGCAAAAAUGGUUGGUCCUAUGUUCUACAUGAAGUUAUACCUUACAAUGACUGUUUGUAUCGCAAUAUGUAUCGUUAUAAAUAUGUAGCUGUACAAGAUACAGAUGAGAUACUCAUGCCUAUGGGAAACAUUACCAAUUGGCACGAUUUAAUGAACAUUGGCGAAUCGAUGACUACGAAAAGUUGCAACAAGUUUGCAAGUUAUUGUUUUCGUUGUAUAACCUUUAUCUGCUUACCGGAGAAACCACGGUAUACCAGCGACAUACCCGAGUAUUUUUAUUUUCUCCAACAUGUGGAACGUGUUACGAAGCAUAUAAGACCCGAUUGGUCUACGAAAUGUUUGCACAGUACUGAUCGUGUUAUAGCCACUCACAAUCACUUCUCCAUGCAUAGAGCGAAAAAUGUGUGUUCGAGUUAUUCCUUUGAUGCCAAUGUAGCCCAAUUGCAACAUUAUCGUGUGCCACGCGAUAAAAAGCCAGUUGAAGAUCUGGUGGUGGAUUUGAGUGUAUGGCGAUUUAAAGAUGAAAUCAUAGAUCGCUCAAUGAAAGUUUUUGAAGAGCUGGAAUUUUUCGAUUAUGAGUAAAUGCCAAAAAAUACACAACACAUAUGAUUAUGUGUAUCUCUUAUUUUAGUUUUAGAUUAAACAACGACAGAAAUAGAUAAAGAUGUUUCUACUAUUUAUUGAUAAA